AUGACGACGGAUCUUUUCAGGGACCUUGAGUCAAUGAAGCCCUUAACGAUCGAGGAGGGCGGUCGUCAAGACCCCUUCGACAAUCGCAAGUUGCAGUCCAUGAUGGAGGCCUUGAAGGAGGGAGAUUCCACUACUGACCAGUACAUUGCAGGCGGCAAUGUAGCGUGGGUUAGCUGGUCAUGGUCUUCGACUGCAAGUGUGCCAGUGUACAAGAGCAGCGUAAAGUGGAUCAUGCACACCACGUACAAGAAGCCCCAGCCUAUAAAUUUGGUGGUGGCAGUGGAUGACUUGUUUAUGGACCAGAAAAAUGGGCAAAUGAAGAGGAUCAGUCCGGAGGAGGACCAUCACGCCUUCAUCUUGGCCACAGCGAGGGACUUGCAGCAAGACAAGUUCCAGGAGGCCGGCGCCGUCGCUGAAUGGAGAAGGGCGUGGCUGUCUUCCACGAUCGAUUGCCGCUUCAAGCCCGGGCUGAAUUUGUUCUGGGAAGCGGCCAAGCAAAGGGAGGAUGUUGGGACCAGCUACGAGACCAUGUACUACAGCCCUGUGCAACGCAUCUUUCAAAUAGUGUCCUUCAAGUUGAAUCACGAAUCAGCUUCCAAGACCAAGCUGACGACUAAGAAGCUUUUCGAGAUCUUGUCUGCCAACUUGACGGUGACAUCGGGGGAGGCAGUGACGCAGUCCUUCCUCGAAGUCUUGAUGGCUCUGUGGAAUUCCUUGCUCAGCGACACUUCUUUCCGAGAGGACGUCCUGCUUUCUGAGGAGCUCUUCGGAAAGCGAAGUCCCAUCAAGUCCAUAUAUGUUUUGCGAGACCUUGCCACUGCUUGCAAGAAGCAACCGCCUUGCGUGAAGUGGGUGUUCGAUGCCCUCAUGGAUGCGGCGUUGAACAAAAUCUUCAAGCAAGGCGAGCUCAACCCCCAGGCGUUGGCCGGCAAGAACCCCCGUUUUGCCUUGAUUGAUGGGGGCGCACUGCUUCUGAGGCUGUUCCAUAUGUGGGCAUGGAAGUAUGUCCUGAAAGAUGAGAUCCUGGACAUGCUGUUGGCUCACAAGAGCCUGCCAUGUGAGGACGCAAAACGCAUCCGGGAGAAACUCUCCACUCAGGAGACGUGGCGCAAGGCAAUGGCUGGUGGCCUUCUCUUCUCGCGGGAGACGCUCGACAAUAUCCCUGACAAUGAACUUGACCCUAGCAUUUUGACUGCAAUUGGUGAUUCAAGUGUCGCCCAUGACAUUGUAAUGAUCUGGACAUGGCGCCGAGGCAAAUCCGUGAAAGUCGUGGCCAACAAAUCGUGGCUGGGGGCGCUGCAGCCAGCCAGUCAAGAGGCUGCGGAAUUUCUGGCAGAUCUCAUUUACACCAAGAAGUACGACGAGAAGGUGAAGAGCGUGUUGCACACCAACUUUGACGUGAAUGCCCUUCUCGAGCGCGAGGUGCUCAAGCCCAUCUGGGACAAGCUAACCAAGAAAGCCGACAAACGGCUGCGGCAACGCAGGCGGAGUCAGCGGACGAAGGUGCGUUGGAUGACGCCGCCCUUGUGA